AGCAACUCUGCCUCGAGGCCUUCGUCCGAGGCCCAUUUUGUGGACGUCUCGCCGCACGCCAGACAGCAAGAAACGCAAGGGUUGCCUUAAGGCCUAUCUAGGACGCAAGGGCAGCAACUGUCGCCGCGCACGGACCGUCGUCGUCCACAGAAGCAAGAGGUGUGUGUGUUGGGCAGCCCGAGCCCGGCUUGAGGGGUCGUCGACUCCGCAGAGGCCAGUUUGGCUGCGCAGCAGAGGGAUAGCAAAGCACGAUGAGCGCCUACGGCGGCGCCAUCGUCUUGGCCUCGGGCGAGCUCCGGUUCCGGCCCCAGUCAUUUAGUUAUUGCGGCCACUGCGACCAAUAUUUCAUGUCUUGUACGUGCCACGGCAUCCCCCAUGCGCACGACUUUAAUUUCAAGUGCCUGCCGCGGCCGCCGGACGGCUCGACGCCGCAGAUGCUGUUGCGGCGGUGGUGUUCGUGCGUCGCGCAAUCGUCGUCGAUGGGCCGCUUCGAGGCCCUGAAGUGGUACCGGGACCACUCGUCGGCAAAACUCCGGGCCAUGGCCAACAAGCGGGACGCUUUGAACGACAUGGUCGAGGAAUACGUGGCUCGCUUGCCGAGCGACCCUCACUUGCCGCUACUGGCCAAGGCGAUCGGGAUUCGGGGCGCGCCCGCUGAGGGCGCGCCUCGAUUAGCAAGGGAGGCGCGGUCCGCGGCUGCUUCCUUCGUGGCGGGCGACUGGGCCACCGUGACGCGCGUCGGCGCCUUGCUGCUAAACAACGCGUUCCAGUCGAGCGACUGCGACCGCUACCCCUUGGCCGACGACGAGCUCGCCGAGGUCUUCUCGGCCAUCGACACCUUGAACAAGGUGCUCGGGCUCGGCUAUUCCGACGUCGGGUGGUGCCUCGCGAUCGAGAACGACCGCGCGCCGCAUGUGACGCCGGCGGCGCCGGGCGCGUCGGGCCGCUUCCGCGACGUCUCCGCCGCGCCGCCGCAGAACACGCAGUGCCGCUGCGGCUCGACGACGCACAAGCGCACGAACCACUCGUCGUGCCCCCUGAACCCGAAGAAGACGCAGCGCGCGCGGACCUAACUAGUAGUAGUU